ACCCGCCGGGCCAGACCAGACCGGACCCCGGGGGCGAUGCGGCUGCUGCCCCUGCUGCGGACUGUCCUCUGGGCCGCGCUCCUCGGUUCCCCACUGCGGGGAGGCUCCGGCCUCCGCCACCCCAUCUACUGGAACUCCAGUAAUCCCAGACUGCUUCGAGGAGACGCCGUGGUGGAGCUGGGCCUCAACGAUUACUUAGACAUCUUCUGCCCACACUAUGAAAGCCCAGGGCCCCCCGAGGGCCCUGAGACCUUUACUUUAUAUAUAGUGGACUGGUCAGGCUACCAGGCCUGCCAGGCAGAGGGGGCAAAUGUCUUCCUGCGCUGGAAGUGCUCUAUGCCCUUUGCCCCCAUGGGCCCAGUGCGGUUCUCUGAGAAGAUUCAGCGCUUCACACCUUUCUCCCUGGGCUUCGAGUUCUUGCCUGGAGAGACUUACUACUACAUCUCGGUACCAACUCCCGAGAGUCCUGGCCAGUGCUUGAGGCUUCAGGUGUCCGUCUGCUGCAAGGAGAGCAAGUCCGAGUCAGCCCAUCCUGUUGGGAGCCCUGGAGAAAGUGGCACAUCUGGGUGGCGAGGUGGGCACACUCCCAGCCCCCUGUGUCUCUUGCUGCUCUUGCUGCUUCCAAUUCUGCGUCUCCUGAAAGUUCUGUGAGCCAAGCAGAUCCUCCCUGACAUCCCAAGGAGCUAGAAUGCUCUUGGGACCCUCCAUUGGGAGGGGUCCUUGCCACACCUGCACUGGGAAUACCAUACCAGACAGACAAGAUGGAGCAUUGAUGAGGGAAAGGAGGGGGGUCUGAGGUGACCCUCACAGGUACCUGAUCCCUCACCACAAGCUGAAGAAGAGUCACCAAGGAGCUGCAGGAAGGCCCUGGCACCCUGGAGCACAGGCAGGACAUAAAGUGGCUUUUGGCACCUGCUUUCAUGGUCUCAUCCCCUCUCCAUGGAAGACUGAGAUUUGGCGGGAUCAACUCCUUGAGCCUUUGAAGCCAAGGCUGAAGACCUAGGGACAGGUGGAUUGCUGGUCCAGGGCGAAGGUGAAGAAGUCCUGCCAUCUGUGCCCUGUGAUCCUCUUCCCUGGGGCAACACUCUGCCCUCCCCAGGGGUCAUUUCUCUUUGUCUUCUGUGAAGACAGACUUGCCAUGAUGAUGAAUUUCAUGCUGGUUUGUAUUUUUAUAAAUAUCGGGACCAAACCUUCAAUAAAACACCC